UGCCCGAGGCUGUCCCUGAAGAUCUGCUGAUUGAGAUGAUAAACAGCACUACAAUCAAGCUUUCUUGGAUCCUUCCCAACAGAGAGAAAAUUUGGGGACAUCUCAAAGGAUUCAAGGUGUAUUACUCCAGGCUGGGAACUCUGGCAGAACGAAGCCGCCGACAGGCCCAUCUUCACUUCCAUCCCCACGGGGAGCUGUUGAUUUUGGGGAAUGUGUCUGAAGUCAUACUGGGGGGCCUCAGGCCCUGGAGCCGGUACCAGGUUCAGCUGGCAGUGUUGAAUGGGCGGGGGGAGGGGCCCCGCAGCGAGGCCAUGGACUUUGUUACACCUGAGGGAGUACCUAGCAUCCCUGAAUACUUUCAGCUGGACUAUCUCUCGGACACAGCAGUGUUGCUACAGUGGAUGCCUCCAAAAUUCCCUAACGGGAAAUUACUGGGAUACGUGUUGGGAUAUCAACAAGCCAAUCAGACAGAGAUGGAUAUUGACAACAUCGACAUCCCAGCCACCCAGUUAAGCCUCAAUCUCAGUGGUCUUGAUCCCCACACUCCCUACAAAUUCUCCUUGUGGGCAGAAACCAAAGAGGGUCGAGGAGAAAUGGCCUUACUUGAGGAGCAUAAAAUGCACGAGUCAGUGAAUUUGUCUUUUGUAAACAUCAGUGUGGGCGAGACAGGAGAAAACUUCACCACCAUCAUCUGGAUCCCUCGUCAGAACCAGCGAGAUGUGGAGUUUGCAGUCCAUCUUAUGAGCAAAACAGACAAAGGACAAUGGCAUGAUGUAGGGAAGGCCAGUUCUGGCCAGGGCUCAUACAGCAUUCCAGAUUUGCAGCCAGGCAAGCAGUAUCGUGUUCGACUAGUUAAAGUACACCGUACUGGGGAUGUUCAAAUCAUUUGGGAGUCAGAUGUGGAGACCAGUGGUGUGG